UGUCUAAGUAGGCCAUUAAUCAGUUCCACAUAAGGUUUGUCAUAUGCCAAUUGUUGAAGUAAUCUAGGUAGUUGUAGUUAACGUCAUAUAGCCACUUAGUUUUUAUUUACCAUUGAAUGGGAUUUCAAUUAAUUGCCUCAUAUGAGAACCAGUUAAUAAUAAUUAAUAAGGGAACUAUUUUCAAUGGAACAAAGCUAAUAAACAAUGUAAAUGUGUAGUGAAUAAUAUGAAUUUCAUGUAAUUCUACAAUUUAAUAAAUAACUAAAACUAGAUAUAUUGAUUGCUAUAUUACUAAAGGUCAUUUACCUUUGAUAAACUGAUUCUACAUUGCACACAGGGCUAUGUUUUUUGAUACUGGAAAAGACUUGUUUGAGCCUUAAUGCAAUAGAAAUGGUAACAACUCCUUAUCAGUUCGUGCUUACGUUACGAAUGGCUUUCAGAGAUAAAUUGACUGUAAGCAAGAACGCAUAUCUAACAUUUAAAAUUAUCCUCAAUUUAAAAAUGUUUUAUAAGAAUAAAAAUCUGUUACAACUAAGCUUUAGAAUUUUAGAUACAAGUUGAUAAAUACAAACGCAACAAAAAGGUCUAAGUUAUAAAAAAACAGAAUACUUUGGUCUGUCAGUUUGCGUCUCCUUUGGACGUAGACACACACGUUAAACCGGAAACAACAAUUUUAGAAGGAAAGUAUUGGAAACGAAGAGCUGAAGCCGUAAUAGCAGAAUAUAAAAAAUGGCGCAUGUUUCAUAUAAUGAGGCUCCUUGGAAAGGGGGACACCUCUGUCCAGGAUACAAUGUUUCAACUGUCCGGUUUUCAGAUGUCGGAUAUGGACACGGUGGAGUCCCAGUGCAGCGACCUCGCGGGAAAUAUGCUGACCGACGAGGAUUAUCUUAAUUUCAUGAGCGACACACUAUUUUCCACAAUUACCAGUCACCAACCAUUCGCUUUCCCCGAUUGCCGGGAAAUUGCUAGGGGUGCAAGCUUAGCUGACUUCAUACAACCUAGCUUAGGUCCUUUGCAGCCUAAUCUUGAUGAUUUUAUGGACACAUUGGAACCCCUUCACGAUCUUCUAACGUCGACAUCUCGCCUACCCUCCGUUCCCGAAGAAACGACGAUACCCACCGAAGAUACCAUGUACAGGAGUGGAAUGUCUGUUGAUUCGUAUUCAACCCAAAAUUACAUUGGAAGUCACGCAACCCCAGCAACAAUGCCCACGAGUCAAAUGACCAUUCAUGGAACCAGCAACAAUUCUCAUAUAAUGCCCUUGGAACAGACUAAAAGUGAGCCGAUACAAAUGUACAAUGGACGGUUAUAUCCUGAACCAGAAAUUCAGAAUAACAUUCUCAACAACCAAAUUAUGCCAACAUUUACCGCAUACGACCAAACGGCCACUGAACAAAUUAACAAUAUUUAUCCAAAAACACGGCUGCAGUACGUUAAUGCACCGAACAAAGUUAUCCCUCAACAAGAUAGCUACCCUAAGUACAAUGAAGCUCUUUCACCAUCACAAACGGCUCCCGAAACGGUGUCCUUACUCCAGCAACCAGGGCCUAAUGUAAAAUACGCCUCGACCGUGGUCAUCCAAGGCCGGGGCUAUAGAGAGAAGCCUAGAACUCGUAUGGGGCAUUACUCAAGUCCGAAUCCACAGUAUCAGAAUUAUUCGCCGCCAGUGCAGGCCCACGUGCCCCAGAAUUUUGAUACCCGACCAGUUCGUCAGAGCUCGCCGCAAAUGCAAUACAUGCAGCUGAGCCCCACGGAGUAUAAGAAGAGUACGCCGGUGAAUUCGCGGUCUUUCAAGCUACCUUCGCCUCCUCUAGCGCCUACGACCUCAGCACAGGUACAGGUGACGCCCGGAGCCAGUGUCGUGAGUACGACGAAUAUUCGGAGCAAGGAGCAGUUCCGGUCUCAUAGCUUGCCCCUAGGAUCACAGCUGAGUCCAGAUUGGGUCGUAAGUGGACCCUCCACAGCUCACGAUGCGCCAGCCCCACAUAAUGCUCGGGCUCGCGAGCCGAAUCAGAGCGCAAUUCGCUAUCGCUCCCGUUCGACGUCAAGCACCGCAGGAGCGGAGAGCGGAGCGGGUACAAGCGGGCCGCGUAGGCCUCCGCCGCUUACAAGUGUGGCCUCCGAACCAACGCUGCCUCAAGCUAGCGUAAUGUUGGCGCAGCUGCUUUCAGCACAGCACUCUCAAAGCCUCUACAAGCUGAAUACCAGCGCUGAGGAAGGCCUAAAUUCGGAUCCAAUGCAGUCCCCAAUUUUAAGAGGACAACCAUCGCCUAUAGAGAGUGACAUAAUGUCGCCACAUCAUUCGCGUGCGCAGUCCCUUUCUCCAGGCGGAUCGCCCGGUUCGCCACGCGCGGGUUCCCCACGUGAACCGCGGCGUACGCAUUUGCACGCGGAACAAAAACGUCGGUAUAACAUCAAGAAUGGCUUUGAUACCCUCCAGGCGCUCAUACCUCACCUCAACACGAACCCAGCUGCUAAGAUAAGUAAAGCGGCUAUGCUGCAAAAAGGGGCCGAGUACAUUAAACAAUUGAAAGCGGAGAGGAAUCAAAUUAAAGAAGAAAUGGAGAAUUUAAGGCAGCAAAUUGACUGCUUAAACAAUUCCAUAUCAAACUGCCAUUCGCUGCUACCAGCGACGGGAGCGCCGGUGUCUCGAGGCCGCGCUAGUCGUCUCCGGGAGAUGUUCGCCGCUCAUGUCGCAGCCAGAACCAUGCAUAAUUGGAAGUAUUGGCUGUUUAGCGUGGUGAGCGCAGCCCUAGUGGAGUCCUUCAGCGCGUGCGUUUCGUGCAGCAGUCGGGCAGACCUCGUACGGACAACUCUACUUUGGGCGGAGCAGCAUUGCUCACUUGUUGAGAUGAGGCCAGCGGUACUGAACUCGCUGCGUGUUUUAUGUACGACCACGGAUAUCCUUUCGAGUCCCGAGCGAUUGGCAGAGGAGGCGCGGGCGGCCGCCGCCGCCGUCAAGAAAGAACCGACCUAAAUCUGACGUCACCAGAACGCCCACUUAUAACCCUUGUACGUUUACGUACAUGUGAAUAUUACAGAUUUUUGCUGCAGAAAAAUUGUUCCCGCGAAAUUUAAAAACACUGUAUAGCGGUUUUAAAGUUAAAAUCGGGAAAAAAUUAUGAGCGGCUUAAUUUUUAAUAACAUCGCGUUUUUAAGAUUUUCUUAAGUGGUCUCAGAUUGCGUGUGUUGUACAUGUCUUGAAGUUGACCCUUUAUGAAGCCAUAAUGUAAAAUGUAUCUAUCUAUACAUUAUGAUAACUUGACGAUUCAAUAUGUAGCCUUUGGGGAAAAUAUUUGCGUAUAGAAAACUACAUCAGUCAUCUGUCAUUUCAUCACAGAGUAAACACAAUUUGGCAAGUGUCAAAGUUUAAAUAUUUGACAGAUUUAGUUUUCAGAAUUUGUCGUUGAGUUAAACACAGACGUAAAACGUUAUAAAUAAAAUGACAUGAAAAAAUAAUUCAACAAAUUGACAGCGUCUGGUGAUUAUUCAAUACAAAUUGUUUGAUUUUAAAUGCUCUAAGAGCCUGAAAUAUGAUGUUGAAAAUAUUUGUCCAAUUGGCUAGGCAUUGUCUUUCAACCCAUGCUCCAUUUACCAAGUUACGUGCGGUGAUUGUCUAUGGCUCAUUUUGCUAACUGCUUGUUAUGAAAUACUCAAAGGGUCUAAAUUAUGGCAUCUAUAAAAGGGUGUUCGGCUACUAAUCUUGAGUUAAUGUGCAAUUAUUGGUGUUCACAUGGUUUUUUGAUUAAUUCGAUGCACAAAAUUAUGGGAAUUUUAUUAAUAUUGACAUGGAAUAAUUCUAGGUUACGUAACAUAAACAUGCAAAAUACAAUCCAAGUGAUUUUGAGGUUCAAUUUAGAUUGUCACGGUAUUGAUUGAAAACGAAUUCGAGAUAAAAACGGUUUCGUCUUCCACGAAAUUAUUUAAUUAUUAAGAAUUCCUGUAGCUUACAUGUGUCGCUGCCAACUAGAUUAAUAAGCCGUUCAAUUAACAGCUUGGCCUUUUAACUAAACAGCUCCGUUUAACUAGCGGCCUGAAAGAAAAAGUGGCGUUUGUAACGUUUAAUAAACUGCCUGGCUAAUGCUCAGGCCAUUCGUACGAUAGAGUGACUGUGUGGCAGAAAUAAAAAAGAUGAAACAUCUGAUAUAAAAAUGUCUUUAAAAAUUAAAUUGCUGGAAUCAGUCACACUAGAAUUGUCACUACACACUUACAUUGUACUUGUUGUUUUUCAUUAGAGUUUGGACCACCAUCAAGUUUGAGAGUAGCAGAAAGUGGAACUAAAUUUCAAUGAACAGCCAACAAACUAGGCAAGUAAUGAAACGUCAUCGAUCCGCUAUUUGAUCAACUGGCUGAAUAUCUUUCAGGCCGCUAAUUAAACGGCGCUAUUUAGUUAAAAGGCUAGGCUGUUAAUUGAACGUCUUACUAAGCUAGUUCGCUGCGACAGGGAAUCUGUACUAUUGCCAUAAACGUCAUUAUGGCAUAGACAAUGUUAUAACACACCCUCUUGCAAAGUUCGCGACAGUGUAAAUUGAACUUAAAUGCCAAGUGCCUUAGGUGUCGUCGAAACCAAAGAUUAAACGUAACCAUCCCCGUCCCGUGAAUACCAAUCUAGAGUUAAGUGAAACAGAGAAUUUAUUACAUGUCGAGAUUUAACUAGAAUAUUUAAUAUUACGGCGUAGGUAAGCGAAUAUUUUUAUAUGACUACACAAAUAUUUUUUUAAUGUAAAUCGGUGCCAACGUAUGUUGUAAGUUGUUAUGUAGUGAUAAAUGUUGUAUGUUGACUGGUACGCGCGGAGUGCGCUCAACGUCAGCUAAUUGAGUUUAUAUUGUUGUCUAAAAUACAAUGGAAUGAAAGCUU